UCCCCCAGCCUUCACCCAUCCCAAAGACUGAUUAGCGCGGCAUCCUUCCACUGACACACCACAUCUGGAGAUUACUGAUUUAGUUUUUUUGUGUGUGUAUUUCUCUCCCGCUUUUUCUUCAUUUUGACGUCACCCUCAACCCCUCCAGGAGGAAUAUGCGGGUCUUUAAAACACAUUUCCCACCGUGCAUCUCUUCUUGGAGGAAAUAAGAGGAAGAAGUAGGAGAUUUUUAAAUCUUUUUUUGUCUUCUUUCUGUGUCGUGCCCUGAUCCCAAAAUCUCUCCGAUGGUCCCCGGUGAGACAGCGGAGCGACUUCCAGCAUCUGACUCUCUGACGCGGGAUGGAAACCGUCCACCUCUGACUCAUCAUCAACAAGACGAAACGUUUCAAGGAUAUCAGUGAGGGAGGAAAAGCGCAGGAUUAGUUUUUCAAAAGGGGAUUUUUGAUAAAGAGGUGACAGGUAAAGAGGACGCUGCGUUUGGCUGUGAUGCGUUUAUGGGAUUAACAUAAAGAAAGAGGACAGACAGGACUUUGUAUCAUAUUCACGGCAAGACUAGUUGAUUAUAGUUUCUUGUAUCACAGUACAGUAACACAGUAACUCCAUACUAUUACUCCACAGCCACAGCGAUUAAAUGCACAAAAGAAUAUCGCACUUUAUUUUAGCCUCCAAAGACGCACAGAUGGGCGAGUAGCGGUGUAAAUAACCUUCCGUAAGAUGUUCAAUGCAUGCCUUUCAACCCGCCUUCAGACUAAAGGCAUGUGCUGGUGAACCAUCUGAGCAGCAGAGCCACCUGUGCUGUUGUAUUCAAGCCUGUGAGCGCCGUGCAGAGCCAGCAGCUAUACAAACACAUGGCACAACUGACAAACAGCGGAUGAUUUCACGUGAAUAAGUCAGAAGUAAACAAACUCUGCCCUAGAUCGCUGCCUGGAGCUUUACCUAAAGAGAUAUGUAGUUGUGAAGCUGCAAUUUGGAAUGUAGAAAGAAAGCAAUAGCACUGAUAUGAGGCAAUAACAAUAGAUUGAUAAAAAAAGGUUAUUACUGUAAUUGGAAACAAGCGAGAGGAUACUUCACACUGCUUCCAUUUGCCAUUUCACUUAGACUGUGCAUCUAUCAGGCACCGACCCUCCUUUCUGCCCAGGUCAUAUGUGCAGCAUGAGGGCAAAGUGCAGCUGAAGGUUUCCUGUCAACAUUUUUGACAUUUUAACACAACUUUGAUAUGCACUAUUACUUUUUAACUCUCCGUUGCACGACUCUCUCUCACACGGCAUCUUCCAUUUUCAACACAAAUUUGUCAGCGUCGUCCCUACGAUAUCAGUCGUCUAGUAGCUUUCAUGGUCAAUCGCUGACAGUGCCAUUUACCAAGCAGUCUGUGUGUCCCCGUACUGCCAGUAUUUGGUGUCUCAUUGUGGAGCUAAACAGGCCUAAGGGUGUGCCGCCAUUAUAUAUAAAUAGUUGAACAAAAGGCCUUUUGGUGCUGACAAGAGGCCGUAACCUGAAACUCAGAGUGAUUCCUCCCUCUGGUAACUCUACACCCUCACACACUGUGAGGCUGGACAAACUCUUCAGCAAAAAAAAACAAGAGCGAUUUAGAUCCCGAGACGGUGAAGAGACGAAGCAGUAGGGCACACACCUUCCACACUGCUGCUGUUAGGUUUUCAGGUGCCUAAGAAGACCAGAUCAGCAAGAAGACCCACCCUUGUAUGAGCUGAAAAAAAUAAAAAAGGAGGAGAAGAAGAAGACACCCAGGCGCACCACACCCAGAGUCCCAACAGCCUCCGGAAAGAGUCUCCUCCUCUCACCUCUCAGACUUUUAAUCCUAGUCAGGACAUUUUAGAGGUUUUCACCAACAAACUGGAAUAUCUGCUGUUUAGAUCUGUCUUGUAUCUCCUAUUCUGAAGUGUGAGUGUGUGUGUGUGUGCGUGUGCGUGUGCGUGUGAGUGUGAGUGGUGUGUUUUGACACCGUUGAGAGCCACCACCAGUCUUCUUUCUCCUGUCAGGAUGUCCGAGCUGCUGCUGCUGCCUCUGGCCCUCCUGGCGCUUCAAGCGUCUCUGUGCAGAGGAGCCUGCGUGGAGGUGGACUCGAACACAGAAGCCGUGGCAAACGAAGGCUUCAAACUGGGCUGCAUCUCCUGUAAGAUGAGGGGCGAGGUUCCCGCCAUGGCCUUCGUCAACUGGUGGUUCAAGGCUUCAAAUGAGGACAACUUCACCCAUUUAUUCAGAUAUAAAAAUCAAACGGCUGACAUCUUCGACUCACGCUUCUACGAUCGUCUGCAUUGGAAUGGCAGCAAAAAAACCAAUGACCUGCAGGACGGCUCCAUCUACAUCCAGAACGUGUCCUUCAAUGACAGGGGAACCUAUAAGUGCAUAUUCAACCGAACCCUUAAGUAUCCCAGAUACAACUAUCAAAUCACUCCCAACAAGACUAUCACCAUGAACGUGGUGCCGAAACUCACCAGGGGAUUGGCAUCCAUCUUGUCAGAGGUGAUGAUGUAUGUCACCAUCAUCGGGCUGCAGGUGUGGCUCGUGAUUGAGAUGAUUUACUGCUACAGGAAGAUUGCAGCGGCAGGAGAGGAAGCGCUAAGAGAGAGCGCGGCGGAGUAUUUAGCUAUAGCAUCGGAAAGUAAAGAUAAUUGUGCAGGUGUACAAGUGGCAGAAUAACACCGGUCGAGGAUCAUUCCAGAUGGCUUCCUUGAGGAACCUCACAUUCCCACGUUCAGGCCUCAGUCUCCUCUGACCGUCGCUUACAUCCCGCCAUCCUCUACACACGAUGGAAAGAUUCAACCACAGAGACGAGACAGAUUUUAAUAGAAAGGUUUUUUUUCCAAGUGACUUCCUGCAAGAGUAUGGAAAAGGACUGAAGUGUCUGGUGUUUGGGGGACAGGAGGGCUGCAUCAGGUGGGGGUCCGACGGGACAGAGAGAGAGAGAGAGGGUUGAACCGUAUAUACUGUAGGUGUAUAUGCACAGAUGAUCAAAUAUUAAAGGCCUAUAUUGUAUAUCAACUAACUGCAUGCUUAUUUUUUAAUAAGAUUUAUCAUAUUUCACUUCACACGAUAGUUUAUAAAACUUUGACGGUGUCGGUGUUUCUUCAGCUUUGGUGCACAUAUUACAUUUUUUUUAAUGAUAAAUCAACGUUUCAAUAGCAACAAAUAUAUUAAAUACUCGUAAAUUUGGCUGCAAAACGCCCGUAGAAAGUAGGCCUACAGCGGAAACGGCAUAUCAGCAGAGUUCACACAACAGGCCAAAGUCUAAACUUUAAGGACACUUAUCAAAGUUUUUAUCAGCCUGAAACCAAUGUCCACAGUCCAAACCCCGUCUGACAACACAUCCAACCUAUUUGUUUUUUUAUUUCAGACAUUUUAACAUAUUUGAACUAUGAAGUGAAGUGUUAUUUCUAUUGAAUGAGAAUUCUUCUGCUACAUGUUUAGCUCGUCUCUGGAGGUUGUUUGAUUAAAAUGAUUAGUUUUCUCAGA